AUGCUCACUGCGUGUGAUUCCCUCUCGGUCUCAACAACAGCUGACAAUGCAUCCACUGGGGGUAGCUGCUCCGUUGCUGGCUCUGCUGGCGGCGAACGGCACUUCGGCGCUCGACUGUGUCUGCUUGCCAGUCCGCAGCUCCUUCGAUGUGCACGGCCGUUAAAAUUGGAUAAAGAGUACCUACUGCCAGCAGUUCAGCUUCCACUGCUGAAUGAUCGCCUGCUGUCCUAUCAGGGACAGUACAUCGCCUUCUGCGACGAAUUUAGUGCACAAUGUGAGAAGCAACAGCCAGAGCCAUCAGUAAUGUUCGGUCUCGCCGACGCGCUGUACGCAUUCUAUCGUCGCCACUGGUCCGAGGAACUGCGGACGUACUUCCCUUAUUAUAAAUAUGGAGUGUAUGGCGAGUUACUCCCACAACGACGCCAUCUUGUCAUUAUAAAAGAGGAGUGGCAGAUGGAGGAUAGGAGCUCUCCGUGGACACUGGCUGCAUGCAGCUGUUGGCCAACGCCCUGGAUCACCCCACGUGCCCACUGGAAGACCUGCCUCCGGAAACCACUAAGCGGCGCGAGCAGUGCCGUGUGCAGCUGUGGCACGACCUGUCACAGGGGUCGCCCCACAUACCCGUCACCAGCUACCUGGCCUACACGCAGAGGGCCAACGUCAACCUCUGCCUCUUCGCCUGGAUGACUAUCAACUCGAUCAGCAUUUGCCAGGACGUCCCCUUUAGUAUGAUUCAGUCUGUGCGCGAUGCCCGCUGCCUUUUCUAUAGUCCUGACGACCAAUAUUGUCUGGAAUCGAACGCUACAGAUGCUAUCCACUCUGUUUCCAGAGCUAUUCUUCUGCUGAAGUGUCGCCAUUUUUCUUCUGAAGAUCGCCCUCAUGGACCACCAUGGAUGGUACUCACCUACAGUGGGAGCUGACUGGCAGUAGAACGUAAAGCCAACAGAAAGAUUACUGACCAACAAUCACAGUUUAAACAGUGCCACAUUGAAAUACAGGGAUUUUAAAA